GACAUUGUGAGAUGAUGUGGCCACGGACCUCCAUCAUCGCGGCAGCGCUCGCCGGUUCUGUUUCCGCUCAACUCCUUUGGAAUACCGGGAUCAGACAUCUUGAUAUCGCAGCAGGAAGUCACGCGACACAUCCGGGGCAGCAAUCACGACUCAGUGGCACUCGGGCGCGUGAUCAUACGGCGCCACUAUUCAAGGCCGGGCAGUUCUCCAUCGGCACACAAGACAAUGCCACCUGUCCGACCUACGGCGAGUCCCAGUGGACGGGGACGGUGGAUGUCUCUGAUACACAUCGAUUGUUCUUUUGGUUCUUCGAGAGCCGCCAUGACCCUAGCAACGAUCCCGUCAUCAUUUGGAUGAACGGCGGCCCGGGCGGCUCAUCGAUGUAUGGUCUGUUCAACGACCUUGGGCCAUGCAUCUUGGAUGGAACGAAUCUGAGCACGAAUCCAUGGGCAUGGAAUAACAACGCUUCCCUCAUCUUCCUCGAUCAACCUGCCGGCGUGGGCUUUGGCUCCUUGGCUGAGGCAGCACACAUGCCGGCUAGCGAUAUGGACGGCGCCGCCGACUUUCAGGCCUUUCUCAACAUCUUCUUUGGGAAAAUAUUUCCCGAAAAGGCACAUCUACCUAUGCAUGUAGCCAGCGAGUCAUACGGAGGCCAUUACGGGCCGGUAUAUCUCAAGCACAUCCUCGACUCCCGCGCCUACGAUUCCAAGUCGGCCUUUUGGGGCAACAUCACCUCCUUGGUACUCGUCAGCGGCAUGGUCGACUGGACAGCAGGUGCCGUAGGCACAUAUGAGCUUCUGUGCUCUGACUAUCGCGGCCGGGAAUUCCUCAACUCGACCGCAUGCGAUAAAAUCCGUUCCGCGACGAUAGAGGUUGAACGCCUGGGGCGGUUGUGUGAUCUGAGCCAAGAUGGCCAUGAAUGUUUCGCUCUGCACUCUUUCUUCAUGGACCAGAUCGACAUAUAUUACCGAGAGCUUAUCGAAAUGGGGAAGAAAAGUCCCUUCAACAUUCACCUGCCAUGCCCAGACCUGCCUUUCUGCUACCCCGGCAAAGCCGAAUUUACAUGGUACCUGAAUCAAGACCACAUCAAGUCAGCCCUUGGCUUCCCGACGUCGUUUACCUUCGAAGCAGUCAACCUCGAGCUCCAUCAGGCCUACGAGGACAGCCGCACCAUGCUCAAGCCGACAACGGGCGAGAUCGCCACAGUCCUGGAUGCGUACAAGACACCAGGCCUGGGAGACAUCCGCGUGCUGGUGCUCAACGGCAACGAAGACUACAUUGUCAACACGCCGGGCCAGAAGUGGAUAUACGACAAGUUGCCCUGGAGCGGACAGCCGGACUACCGCAUCGCGAAGUGGACUGCUCUCCCAGAGGGUUUGGCCGCGACGGGGUUCUGGAAGGGGACAAGGGACGGGCGGCUCGUGUUUGUGGGUGUCGAUGGGGUUGGGCACACCGUUCUGGGCGACGCGCGGGAGGGCAGCCAGCGCAUUCUCCAGCGCUGGUUCGAAGGCGGAUGGAGGCAGGAGUGAUUUGAUGCUUAUCUUGAGCUUCGUCGUCGGGCGACCCGGGUGGCUUGCACAAGGGCUUAUACGCGGCGCUAUGCCAGGCGUCAUGACAUUUAGGCUUCUGUUAGCCUGCGCGGAAUGGCCCAGAAGAAUCUGUGCAGACAGAAAGCUAGAACUACAGACGGUGAAUACACGGG